UAAUAUGUCGAAACAACCCAUUGUAUGGAAGUAUGUAUUAUCUGAAUUGUAUGUGGAAGACAGAAAAGAAUUAACAAUAGUCUCAGAGCGGUGGACCAUUGAUGAAGAUGUUGUCAAGUAUCCGUCCCACUUGAAAGGACAAAAAAGGACUAAGUGCAUCAAGGAUCAUAUAGUACCAGAAGAUUCCUGGAUCGAGUAUCAAUAAAGAAGCUAAGAGUCUGUGGUGAGUUCACUCUCUCAAUGAUGUAAUGCAGUAACGAUAUGAUCUUAAUUUUCCCAAUGUUAAUACUUUUUUAUUCUUUUACUCUAGGUGACUGGAAACAGGCCAAAGAAAUGGAAAGACGUGCAGCUGACGAUGAAUCAGAUGACUUGAAGACAAUGCAGGAACCAAGAAAGAAGAGGUUGAUGAGACAACCUGCGAAAUACUCUCCCAAUUCCUAUGUCAUGGGAAAUCGCAAAAAAGUUUAUUCAUCGUCAUCCAACGACGCUUCAAGAGCUGUUGUUCCUAGUUCUCAAGUUAGUUCGAAACAAAAAAGGUCAUCUGGCGACUUAGAAGAUGAGCUACAGCAACAGGAGAAACCGCAGUCUGAAUCAAUUGUAGACUCGUCUCCUUUUUCCUAUGGCUAUGAAGAAUCCUUUGCCGUCAAGAAAAUGUGUCUUUGUAAUCCUGUCUUUGGAAUCAAGCUUAUGGACGUAAUUUUUGCUUCGGUGGAUCAUUCUCUUUUAUAACCGCCUGCCACGAGGAAGCAAGUUGAAGGAGCGACUAUGAACUACAUCCACCGAUUUAAUCAACGUUUUUGUAAAGCAAAAACUCAAGUUGCUGACAACAAGGAUGAAACAUUGGAGACAGGGAAAAGACUGACGAUGACGAUGCCCUUCAUGACAACAACAUCGAGAAUAGCGUUGCAAAUGUGAGUGAUAUCGAAUCUGACAACAAUGAUGAUUCAGAUAUCAUUAACUCUUCUGAAAAUUCUAAUUAUUGGCUUGUAGAGAAAUUCAGACAUGAUUUGUUAGGUGCUAUUUAUUGUGAACAACAAAUAACUUGUGAUCUCUCCUAUUUGUUGCAUCAACGGUAGUGCUUCCCAAACUCUAUUAAUGUUAGCCAUUCAUUUUCUUCUUCCUUUUUUCGUCGAUCGGGACUUUUUAAUCAAUAGUACUAGCUAGUAUUACUAGCUAGUACAUUACUGCUGUAAUGUGUAAGUAACUUGAAUAGUCAUUUAACAUGUUUCAUUGUGAUUCCCUUUCGUCAACCAAGAAAUUGUUAUUUCAAUAAGCCACUGUGAUGUUAACAUAUUCGGUCUUGCCUGUUAUCUUUAAAAAAAAACAUGUAAUGCGUUCUAAUGGAACAAUAUA